CAGUUGCUGUGACACUUGAAGACUGAGUGGGAAUGGUUUGGGCUUGACAUUGACACGGGUGGUGGUGGUGGUGGUGGUGGUGGUGGUGGUGGUGGUGGUGGUGGUGGUGGUGGUGGUGGUGGUGGUGGUGGUGUGGUGGUGGUGGUGGUGGUGGUGGUGGUGGUGGUGGUGGUGGUGGUGGUGGUGGUGGUGGUGGUGGUGGUGGUGGUGGUGGUGGUGGUGGUGGUGGUGGUGGUGGUGGUGGUGGUGGUGGUGGUGAUGGUGGUGGUGAUGGGUGUAACGACACAGGAGGGCGUCACUGUGGUGCACGGCGUCCCUGGCAGCGCCGUCCAUCCAGCGCUGCUCGCUCUCCGCCCGCGCCCUCAUCUCCUGCACCCGCCGCUGCAGCGCCCUGCUGUGCGCCGCUAGCAGCGCCACCACGGGGGAGCUGGGGG